AUGCAAGGCUUCAACAUGGGUCGGUAUAUCCCACCAGAUGCAGCGGACGCCGGCGCAACUUCCGGGAACAGAAUCCACCAGAAACGCGCUCCGGGUACUCUUCGCAAAGACGGCACCCAGACUGUGCGCUUCGAACUCCCCUACGCUGUCUGGUGCCAUACGUGCUCCCCGCACGCCAUCAUCGGACAAGGUGUGCGCUUCAACGCCGAGAAGAAGAAGGUCGGCUACUACUACAGCACGCCGAUAUGGCAGUUCCGAAUGAAGCAUGCGGCAUGUGGUGGGACGCUGGAGGUGCGGACGGACCCGAAGAAUACGGCGUACGUGGUCACGGAGGGCGGGAAGGCGAGGGACUACGGAGAGGACAAGGUCAGAGAGGGUGAAGGCGGGGUGGAGAUACUGACGGAGGCGGAGAGGGAGAGGAGGAGAAAGGACGCGUUUGCGUUGCUGGAGGGGAAGGUGGAGGGGGAGCAGGCCGUUAAGGAUAACAAGAGGAGGAUCGAGGAGUUGUGUGUGGAGAAGGAGAGGGAUUGGGGUGACACUUGGAGUGCCAACAAGCGGGUGAGGGAUGCUUUCCGAAGAGAGCGAAAGGUCAGGAAGAGGGAAGAGGAGAGGACGGAGCAGCUCAAAGAACGCAUUGGCUCUGAUAUGGAUCUGCUUCCAGAGAGCGAGGAGGACGCCAGGAGGGCAAGGCUGGUUGACUUUGGCGGCGGAGAAAACGAAGCUCGAUCUCAGCCGUUCAUGCGCAAGACGAGCUCACUUGCAAGAUCAACGAAGUCUCAAAAGCUUACCAAGGCCGACAGAACGGAUGCGCUUCGGCGGCAGCUUCUGAGCAACACUAGGGCGGCGAUGAACCCUUUCGACAAGGAUGGAGCAUUUCCGUGA